AUGACUUCCACCGCCAUUGUCCAACAAGGGCCGUCUCCUGAAGAGGACUACGGCCUUGAUGCGAUUGCGAAGCACAAUGCUGCGACUUCGACCGAGCAGUUCCCCUCCUAUCAGGAGGACACCAAGGGCCUGGGCAUCUAUCAAGAUGAAUACGCACCAGUCUACCAGGACGAACAGUCCUACAUCCACAACCCCCCCACUCCAAGAUCCAACACCGCCAGCGAUGGCAUCCGCACCCGCAGCGGCCGCUCCACCCGUCGAACCGACUCUCCCUUCAGCACCAGCAAAUCCAGAGUCUCCAAGUCGCCAGCGCCACCCCGCUCCAAGCGCGAGAAGAAAAGCAAAGUCGACAAGUCCAAACUGCCCAAGCUCACCGCGCCCCUAUCCGUCCUGACCAAGGACAUGGCCAUCCCCGUCAAGGACAUCGGGGCGUGGGUGAACCGUUCCGUCGAAGACCGCAUGAAGGAGAAAGAGAAGAACAACGGAUACAUCACCCGUCCAAUGAACUCCUUCAUGCUGUACCGGUCAGCGUACUCGGAGCGGACGAAAGCGUGGUGUUCGCAGAACAACCACCAGAUCGUGUCCUCGGUUUCAGGAGAGAGUUGGCCGAUGGAGCCCGAUGAGAUCCGCAACCAGUUCGACGAGUGGGCCAAGAUCGAACGGCAGCACCACCAGGAAGCUCAUCCGAACUACAAGUUCUCGCCUAGCAAGUCGACCAACAAGCGUCGCAAGGAGGAGAUGUCCGAAGAUGGAGGCGAGCCCAGCGAUCUCGACGGCGAUCCAGAUGGCGAGUAUCGCGGUGGAAGGAACGUCCGUCAAAGACGCCACGACCGCAACGAGGCGGCGUACCUUCCCAGCACCGUCGGCUUCGACUCCCAUCCUUACUACGGACACCAAGGCCUCACGGGCUACGAGCAAUCCCACUACCAAUACGCCAACCCCGGCCGUCCGCUCCCCUCCAACGUGGCCUUCGACCACAACGGCCUCCCCUACAACCCGCAAACAAACACCUACCUCCAAACCAGCAUGCGCCCGCAUCAACAUCAACAACCCCAAUACCCAACCUACCUCCACGACAUGCCCGCCGCCCGCGUCUCCCCGCCCGGCUCCCUCAACGGCGGCGGCGGAGCAGGCCAACAAACCCUCGGCGGCUACGGUCUCCCCGGCGGCCAAGGCAACCCUUCCGAAGAUCUCUUCUCCACCUCCCGCACCAGCACCCCAAUGCAGCACUACGCCCAAUACCCCCACCAACAACAGCCCCAACAGCAACCCAUCUACCCCUCCUACGCACCCCACCCGCAAUACCAAUCCUACACGCCCCUCCCCGGCACCCAACAAUACGAACACGCCCAGUACCUGCAGCAGCAGUCCCAGCCGCAGGCGGCCAUCGAUCCGUCGCUCGAGGCGGCGAUGGCGGCUUCUGUUGCGAGUGGGGGCGGGUUGCCGGAGAGUCAUUUCGACGAGGCGUUGGGGGAUUUUGGCGUCGGGGGCAUGAGGGAGUUUUAUGAGGGGGCCGGCGUGGCGCAGAGUCCGGUGGAUGUUAAUGCGACGUUGGCGCCGACUUGGGCGCCGGGGGAGGAGUUGGGUUAG